CAAGUAAUCUGGGCUCUCAAGUAGUGGUCGAGUCGGCGAUUCGAUCGGCUCAUAUUAGCUGUGCGCCUUUGCCAAAUCACACCGGCACGGGCACGGGAACCAAGGAACCAUUCGUUUGCGGAGCAGAGCAGAGCGGUGCGGAGGGCAUGGAAGCCUCGCGGUUCGGCUUCGGCCGCGACAUGGCGGCGGCGUUCAAGUUCGACCCCACCGACGCCGGCAUCGUCGCCUCCUACCUCCUCCCCCGCGCGGUCGGCCUCGACGAGCCCCACGGCCGCGAGCACGCCGUGAUCGACGACGACCCCAUGAGCAUCCCGCCGUGGGACCUCAUGGAGAAGCACAACCACGGGACCAGCGACCAGGCCUUCUUCUUCGGGCCUCCCAGGAACGGGGGCCGCGUCACGCGCGUCGUGCCCGGCAAGGGCGGCGGCACGUGGCAAGGCCAGAAUGGCAGGGUCGGGACCGUCACCCUGUUCUGCGAUGGCGCCCGCGCCGGCGAGGUGGACAUUAGCUACAGGAGGUACGACCUCACCUACAAGCGCGCGGGCGACAAGGCCCCCAGCGGCUGGGUCAUGAGCGAGUACCAGAUCACCUCGCCGCCGCUCUUGAGCACGGUGCUCACCCGCAUCGGAUUGAUCGUCGCCGCCAGGGAGCAGAGGAAGCGACAGCCGGCCGACCCGGAGGCGUUUGCUCAGCAGGGCCCUCACAAGGUGCUGGCCGUCGCAGCCGCAGCCACCGCUGCCGAACAUCAACGGGUUUCACCAGCGCCAGUGCAGCCAGGCCCUGACCCGCAAGCCGACGAUGGUGCUCUCUACCAUGGCGAUACUAGCGUCACCGGCGUGGGGGAGAACGGCGGGCACUACACGGUUCCGCUUCUGCUCAACGGCCAAGAGUACUACAAGGACAAGAGCCGCGUCAAACGCAAACGGCGGCGAUAUGGGGCAUGACCCAUCCUGAUCGAACCUGAAUCCAAUCGGGAGACGCCCGCCCGUACAUUUGGAUCACGGAAUAGCAUGUAUGUCAUCCGUUUCUAACAUUGUUUCUGUGGAUCCUUGGUUCUCGACAUUCCUGGUUUAUUAAUCGGGAAGGAUAUAUGGCCUGAAUUUGAGACACGAUAUCGAUCAUGUUGGGUCCUGGGUCAUGUUGAUGGAUUGCUUUUUGAGAC